AUGAGCAUGCUACGGCAGUCGUGCUUACGAACUCCACUAUGCAUCCCAAAACACAUCAGGCCCCUCUCUUCCUCCCCCGCAGCAGCUAAAUCGCGAUUCGUACCACACUCAGGAACCUACCCACAAGGCUUCACCGUUUCCGGUCUCCACUGCGGCGUCAAAAAGAAUGGCAAACCAGACUUGGCACUCCUCGUCUCAGCUCCCACGCGCACGAUUGCUGCUGCUGUCUUUACAAAGAAUUUAUUCCAAGCUGCGCCGGUGACGUUGAGUCGAUCGAUUCUCGAAGCGAGUGAUGGGAUGGGUGUGCGUGGCCUUGUUGUGAAUUCAGGGUGUGCGAAUGCUGUGACUGGACAUGGUGGGUUUGUGGAUGCAAAAGCAAUGGGUUCGACGCUGGAUCAGCUAUUGACACCAACGAACGAUGGUUCAAGUGUUGCAACGUCGUUGGUCAUGUCGACGGGUGUGAUUGGACAGCGUCUACCCAUCGACAAGAUCCUAGAGGGUAUACCAAAAGCGUACAAAGCACUGGGCGAUACACACACGCAUUGGCUUGAUUGUGCAAAAGCCUUUUGUACAACGGAUACCUUCCCCAAACUAGCCUCCGAAACACUCAGUCUCCCUGCAACGCAAGAUGAACCUGCCGUCUCUUACAAUAUGGCAGGUAUUGCGAAAGGUGCUGGUAUGAUUCAUCCAGAUAUGGCAACCUUACUCGGUUUCAUUGCAACGGAUGCACCCCUCUCACCAGAAGCGUGUCGGAGUCUGUUGACGUAUGCUGUGGAUCGAUCCUUCAACAGUAUUUCCGUGGAUGGGGAUAUGUCAACAAACGAUACCCUUGCCCUUUUUGCAAAUGGCGCAGCUGCAAGUGAAGGUACUGCCGUCAUUACAGAAGCCUCACCCCGCUACAUCCCACUACGCGAUGCCAUCACGGCGUUUUGUAUACGCUUAGCACAGCUGGUUGUGCGAGACGGUGAAGGUGCUACGAAAUUCGUCAGUAUCACGGUAAAGGAUGCGUCUAGUUUUGCUGAUGCCAAGAAAAUCGCUUCUACCAUUGCCACGUCUGCGUUGGUGAAAACGGCAUUGUAUGGUCAAGAUGCGAAUUGGGGACGUAUCUUGUGCGCUACAGGGUAUGCGGGUGUUGCUUCUGUUGUGCCGGGCAAGACGUGUGUGAGUUUCAUUCCAACGGAUGGAAGUCCGCGUUUGGCAUUGUUGGUGGAUGGUGAGCCUGAACACGUUGAUGAAGCGCGAGCGAGUGAGAUUUUGGCAAUGGAGGAUCUGGCGAUUGAAGUGACGCUGGGUACGGGAGCCGGUCAUGAAGCGACGUAUUGGACGUGUGAUUUCAGUCAUGAGUAUGUGACCAUCAAUGGCGAUUAUCGUACUUGA